AUGAAACAGUACCGUGAGCUCAGUUCCAGCGACAGUAGCCAAGACAGCUGCGACACGGAAGGAACAGAAGAAUGGCCUAGCCGAGUCGCUCGUCCACCGGUGGAGCUGAAUGGUAGGGACAAGUCGGUGAAGAAGAAGGACAAAAUCUUUGGAGUGAGUUUGGACGUGAAUGGUGCAGAAUUGAGGAAGUGCUUAUCUCCUCCCGACGUAAGUGAAAAGAUGGCCUUGGAGAUGACGGAAGCCAUGACUGAUGUGGUGAAUCUAGGAGGUAAGCCCAGUAACAAUCAUGAAGUGGAAGACACUGCCGUGAACAUCCAAGACUCGCUCUUCGAGAUCGCUGCGGUGAGUCGACAGGAACGUCUGGGAGAAGAGAGCAGGAGGGAUCUACGAUGGAAGAACGGAUCCAGGAAUGGAUUCAAGGGUGUCAAGAACUUAGACGGACUUCGUACCCUCCUCUAUGACGUUCGGAGUCUUCAAGAUACCAACACAAGCAAUCUGAUUGCGAUUCAGCUGGCCAUCCUUCAACGAAAAGGGUGGGAUAGCUUGAUCACUGAAGCAUGGUGCCACGGUGGAUACAUCACCACCCUAUCCCGCCUAGGAAUGAGGAACUACAUUGAUCUACUGGAACACCUGGUCCACGUGGGAUCGUCUAGCACAUGGAGUAUGGUCAAGAAGGAGAUCGACUACCAUGUCAAGAAAUGGAGUAUGAUCCGAGCCAGCAGCAACACCCGGGUAGGAGCCAUCUGUGGCAUAUACGUCCACCUCAGGGAUGGAUCAGUGUCCAAGUGGAUCUACAACACCUUGGAAGCCGAAAAGACCUCUGAACUGUAUAAGACAGUCAGUAACGGGUCGGGAGGAAAUCCAGGCAGUGGAACUCGAGGGUUGGCCGUGUGUUCCAAGUGCGGCACCAUCUUGCAUGGAGACACCGGGUGCAUCUGGGCCAACAAGACCAACAAUCAGGCCAAGCAGGCAGCCCGGGAUGUCAUCCGAGCCUUAGCAAAUGGACAAGCCUAA